CGGCGCAAAAACGCCGGCGCUUACAUCGUCGCGCCCGAGCAGGCGUUGCCGUCCGCAGCACCUGCGCCGCAACGAUCGAGGGUUGCAUACGCCGCGUGCACCGGCACCGGUGAGCCAGCCCCGAAGGUAGAGGCUGCCCAACGAGGCUGCCCGACGAGGCGUUGCAUCGGUGAGACAGCCCCGAAGCCACAACAAACAAAAAUGGAGACGCCCGAGACGGCCCGCGGCCGCUGGCCCCUCUGCCAGGUCUGCGCGGGCGAGUUCGACUGGCCGCGGGCGCACCACUCGGACGAGGACCGGCUCUUCGCGCGGUGCCCGCGGCUGCUGAGCUGCCUGCACACGGUCUGCGAGGCCUGCUUGCACGACGCGCGCGAAAGGAGAGGCACCUACGCCUGCCACGUCUGCCAGGCGCGGACGAAUGUGGAAAGUGUCCACGCCAUCUCGAAACUAUCCGUGGACUGGUCGGCCGUCGACGUCUGUAGAAGGGCGGCCCAGCGCGCGGGCGCCUACAACUGCGACGAGUGCGCCGAGGACGAGCCGGCGGCGAGCUGGUGCGAGACGUGCGGCAUUGGGCUGUGCAGUUUCCACCGGACGAACCACGCGCGGUCGCGGCGGACGCAGGAGCACGCCGUCGUGGACCUGCAGCGCCCGCAGACCGGCACGGACGCGAGCGAUUAUGGCGGCUACGACUCCGAGACGCCGCGGCCGCCGGGCGCCGACGCGGAGCCGCCCCAAAUCGCGGUGAGCUGCGCGCUGCAUCCGACGGAGGAGGUGCGCUUCUUCUGCGCGCACUGCUGCCAGCUGGCGUGCCGCGACUGCGCGUCGACCGGCCCGCACGUGUGCCGGGUGCUGGGCCGCGCGGCGACGUGGACGCCCGUGCCCGCCGCGGCGGGCGCGCUGCGGGCCAACGCGGAGAAGAUGGACGGGAAUUGUGUUGAUAUGGAGGGGGACGUGGCGCGGGCCCUCGCGAAGACCGACGAGGCGUCCGAGCGCGUCGACGAGGCGGCGCGCGACGCGCGCGAGGCCAUCACGAACGCUUUUGAUGCCUUCCGGCUGACGAUCGCGGAGCGCGAGGCGUCCCUGAAGAAGCUCGUGGACGACUACGCGAAUGGCGUGGGCCUGGAUUUGGACAGCAGGCGCCAGGCGCUCAUCGCGGACCAGCGCGACGUGAGGGUGGCCCGGGCCGUGGGCGGCGCGGCGCGCGACCGCCUCGCGAACCGGGACGCUCAAUAUCUAAGCGUGACGGCGGCCGUCGCGCGGCGCCUCGACGACCUCCGGAAGCGUUUGUACGCGGGGCCCCUGGAGCCGCCGGCCAUCGACGCGGCGGCGCUGCGCUUCGAGGGCGACGACGCGUCGUCGGAGCGCAUCCUCGAGCUCGUGACGCGCCUCGGCCGCGUCCACCGGCCCGACGAGCUCGACACGGAGCCGGCCGCGCCGAUCAAACCGCCCGACGCGCCGUCUUCCACGGCGCCGGUCGAGCUCGUGGUCCACGCGCUGCGCCCGGAAGGGACCGUUGGAAGGCGCGUAGAGAAGCUCCUGCAGCUACGCGCGUCGGGCGAGGAGAACCAGCCGCCGCCGGAGGUAGUCGUCGCGGGCGGCGGCCACGUCGCCGCGAAGAAGCGGCAGCAGGCGCCGAACGUCGACUCGUUUGUGGUGGACGUCGUGCCCCAGGGGACCGAGGGGCCCGUCGUCGCGCGCGUCGUCGUCGUGACGACCACGGACCCGCGGCUGCGCGGAUCUAUGGUAGAGACGCGGCGGAUCGAGUCGACCGGCGACCCGCCGACGAUGCGCUUGCUGCGGACCCUGGCGCCCAACGACGCC